GUGAGGCAGCAGUUAUCGUCUGCAACGCUCAGCCCUGCGUUACCUACACUGCUUUUACAGUGUAUCGGUUGAGAAAACGAGCCAGUGAGAGACUCUCGAAUAUACAGGCUACGCUUCCAAUUGCCGAACUUUCUUUCCGCUUUGGAGAGGUGUUCUUAGGCUGUUGAUAGACUCGGCCGAACCUUGGAGCGAGACUAUUCGCAUUCUAUGGAGAAUCAUGCCAAGUCCCUGCAGGCUAGUAGCGGAGCGCGUUGUUCUGGUCAUUAUGCAUGAAGUCCGUCGGCCUAACCCCGCCCCCGCAUGUUGUACGAGCGGUAGGCGCCGCAAUUAGUACCGAUAAAUCCAUGUAUCUCAACGGUGUAUAAAGAUUCUUUCAAGCCGAGUUGAUAUCAUCACGAGAGCACCUAGGUGGCUCUACUCCGACAACCAUCAUGGCAUAUCUCCUAUACACACAACAGACGGCCGGCGAAAGCUCGCACGGGCGAUACUACGUCUACGGUGUGGUUGUGGUGCUUGUUUUGAUCAUCUUCAAGUAUGCCUACCAGACCCUGGCUUCGCCUCUUCGAAGUGUGCCCGGCCCCAUCCUCGCUCGCUUCACGCGACUCUGGGAAAUUCAUGCUGUGUGCAAGCACGAGAACUCAACCCACAACAUUGCACUACAUGAGAAGUAUGGUCCUAUCGUGCGGCUUGCACCAAAUCGGUACAGCAUAAAUGACGGAGAAGCCGCAAAGAUGAUUCUCGGACAUCAUAAUGCCAUGGAUAAAUCAAAGUACUAUCAUCCGUUCGGCCAACCGGAUGAGUACAACCUCUUUUCCGAGCCGAGCAUAUCUGUUCAUGCCAAAGUCAGACGUCCACUUGCGCAGCUAUAUUCGCAAACGAGCCUUCUAUCCUAUGAGCCUUUCGUCGACACUUGUAACAAGAUCUUGUUGCAGAGACUAGAGGAGUAUGCUCAAGAUGGCAAGGCUCUCAAUGUGAGGGAGCUCAUGCAAUACUACGCUUUCGACGUAAUUGGCGAAAUCACAGUCGGAUCGCGCUUUGGGUUGAUGGAAGACGGUGGCGACAAGUCCGGCAUCGUCGAGGCUAUCGACGAGAGCAUGGCCUACGGAGCAGUCAUAGGCUUGGUUCCUGAAUGGCACUGGUGGAUCAGUAUGACAAUGGAUACGCUUCGUAUCAAACCCAGCUUCAGGAAGCUUCUUGACUUUAUAAAUUUCCACCUCGACAAUCGCGUCUCAGGGCGUACCAAGUCGCCCGAAGACCGCAAAGACUUCCUCGCCAAGAUGCUGCCCAUGGAACAGGAAGGCAAGGCGACACGCUUCCAUACCCGCCAAGCCACCUCCCAGAAUAUCGUAGCGGGAUCAGAUACGACCGCCAUCUCGCUCUCUGCCGUUUUUGCAUACCUGACCAUGCACCCAGACGCGCUCGCCGCUCUCCGCCACGAACUCGACGAGGCCAGAGCAGCCGGCACUCUUUCUGACCCAGCGACCUUCCAAGAAGCCCAAAAGCUUCCCUACCUUCAAGCCGUCAUCAUGGAAGCCUUACGUGUACACCCUGCCGUCGGUGCACCCUUGACUCGAGUCGUCGGUCCCCAGGGCCUCGUAAUCGCAGGUCAAUUCUUCCCACCUGGCACCGAAGUCGGCGUCAACGCAUGGGCGAUUCACAACAACAAGUCAAUCUUUGGGCCCGACGCGCACGUUUUCCGUCCCGAGCGCUGGAUCACAAAGAACAAAGAGGAUCGCGCGUUGCUGGACCGCAACUUCUUGGCUUUUGGCGCUGGGCCACGGACGUGUAUUGGCAAGAAUAUCAGCUUGUUGGAGAUGAGCAAGGUCGUUCCGCAGAUUGUUAGAAAGUACGAUUUCGAGAUUCUGCCGGAUGUGAAUGGUGAGAGAUAUACGUGGAGGACGAGGUGGUUUGCGAAGCCGAGCUUCAAUGCUGUUGUUAGGAGACGGGCAGAGAAAGCUGCGUGAGGAGUUCAAUAGCAGGACUCUUUAUUAU